CGGCGGGUGCGGCGGGGUCGGUGCUGCGGGGCUGCGCGCGCCAUGUCGGGGCGCUCGGUGCGGGCCGAGACCCGCAGCCGCGCCAAGGAUGACAUCAAGAAGGUGAUGGCAGCCAUCGAGCGCGUCCGCAGAUGGGAGAAGAAGUGGGUGACGGUGGGCGACACGUCCCUGCGGAUAUUCAAGUGGGUGCCAGUGGCAGACAGUAAAGAGAAAGAGAAAUCCAAAUCGAGUAGCAGCACAGCCCGAGAACCCAAUGGCUUCCCAGCUGACACCUCUGCCAACUCCUCCCUCCUUCUGGAGUUCCAAGGUGCUGUUUCUGCAGAUGAGAACAGCAACCAGAGCUCCCUGUCUGAUGUGUAUCAGCUCAAGGUGGACAGCAGCCCCAACUCCAGCCCCAGUCCCCAGCAGAGCGAGUCCAUGAGUCCUGCCCACACGUCUGACUUCCGCACGGAUGACUCGCAGCCUCCCACCCUGGGGCAGGAGACCCUGGAAGAGCCCUCCCUGCCUUCCUCAGAAGUGGCAGAUGAGCCUCCCACUCUUACAAAGGAAGAACCAGUCCCCCUUGAGACUCAGGUAACUGAAGAGGAGGAGGACUCUGGUGCGCCACCUCUGAAGAGAUUUUGUGCUGACCAGAACUCUGUGUGCCACACGGCCUCGGAGAGCUAACCCGCCUGAUCCGGCACCUUCGCCAGCCCCUUGCAGAGCUGCCUGGCCCCCCCCAGGACCAGCGCUUCCCUCUAGUCUGCCCCUUCCCCAGUGUUGGGGCUCCCACCACUCGCAUCAAGUGUGCCCUGCCCUGCCAAACGGAUGGGGCUGCUGCCAGUACCUGCAAAUUUGCCUCUAUUUAUUGGCUCCCUCUCUCCCUGCUCCCUGCCCUAGAGCUGGGGGUCUGUUAGGUGGGCUGCAUGUGUGGGGGGGUUCUCCUGCUCUCCAUGGUCCCCAGGACACUGGCAGAUGCGGUUUGCCUGCUUGCGGCUCCCCUGCCUGCCCUUCCCGUGGGUGCUGGGAACAGGAGAGUCACAUUCUACCUGCUCCAGGUGAUGUGUCCAUUCGGUUGUGGGAACAGGUGGUGGUGUUGGUGGGUGUGGGGGCAGUGAGGGGAGGCCGGCAGGGACCCACUGGGACGCUGUGCAAUACGCUGCUAGUUUAAGCCAUUCAUGCUGGGAGAGAGGGGAGCGCUUUCUCUUCCCGGGAGGCAGGUACUGACCGGCCUCGGCUCUGCCACGGGGCAUGGCUCCAGCCGGAUGGAAUCUGCAGUCCCCCGGAAGCCGGCAGAGCAGGGGGAACCGCUGCCCUGUGCUGGGUAGCCUUGCCCCGGCCUAGUUACCCGCUGUCCCCGGGAUGGGGAAGGAAGCGACAGGGUGCUGGAGGCCCCGGGAAGCGCUCUUGUCCUGGGGCUCUGACGCUCCCCAAUACCCGCUGCCCCCCCGCUCCCCCAGACCCACUCUCCCCCCGCUGCCACUGCAUGUCCCGCCGAGUCCGCGAUCGAGCCUGUUGAAGCUGGAGUUGCGGCCGCGCGUGGAAGUGGAAAGUUAUUUUAGCACUGAAUAGAAUAUUUUUAAAAUUAAACUGUUUGAAAUAUA